UAUAGGGCGCGCUAAAGCACAAGAGCCACAAAUCACUUCCGAAAGCGCGCGUCUUUAUGCGGCUUUACCUGAAAUAAACGAUUAAAGGCGAAAGGAAAGCAAAGGUGGAAUUGUCAACAAAUGAGCUCCUAUUUUGUGAACUCAUUUUGCGGACGCUAUCCCAACGGCGCGGACUUCCAGUUACAUAAUUAUGGCGAGAGCGGAGAGUACAGGGACACGACGGGGAUGCACUCCGCCAGGUACGGCUAUGGCUACAACGGGAUGGACCUGAGCGUGGCGCGGGGGAACGGCGGCGGGCACUUCAGCGAGCGCACGCACGACUACUCCCCGGGUCCCUCUUCCUCGACCCCGUCCAUAGACCCGGGCAGGUACGCGCAGAGCGGCAACCCCACUGCCCCGUCGGCGAACAACACCUCCCCGCUGCCCCUGUCCUCUCCUCCGCCGCCCCCGCAGCAGCAGCAGCAGCAGCAGCAGCCCGAGCCGCUGCCCUGCGCCGCUUCCGUGUCCCAGGCCGGCGACGCGCGGCCGGGGAAGAGCGCGGGCAUGGGCAGCCCUCCGCACGGGGCCGGCGCCGCGACGGGGGGGAGUAUGAUGCUGAGCCGGGACUGUAGCGUGGCCAAAGCGGCGGCAGUGGCGAACUUGGAGGAGGAGAAGCCCACGGGGAGCGCGCCCAACACCCCCCAAAAUGUGAGCGACAACGGGCAGCCCCAGAUCUACCCGUGGAUGCGGAAGCUGCACAUAAGUCACGACUUGUCAGGUCCCGACGGUAAACGAGCUCGGACCGCCUACACGCGCUACCAGACCCUGGAGCUGGAGAAGGAGUUCCACUUCAACCGCUACCUGACGCGCAGGAGGCGGAUUGAGAUCGCCCACGCACUGUGCCUCUCCGAGAGACAGAUCAAAAUCUGGUUCCAGAACCGGAGAAUGAAGUGGAAGAAGGACAACAAGCUGAAGAGCAUGAGCAUGGCGGCGGCGGGAGCGGGGUACAGGCCCUAGUGGAGCUCUGCCCCCCCGAACCCUCACGGAACCGGAGGAGGUCUGAAUGUCA